AUGCCCGCCUCCAAAAAUAAUGAGCAGCCCCAGCUGCUCUUCGUCGAUGGAACCUUUGAGGAGCUUGCCAAGGAGAUGGCCGAGUACCUCAAGGCAGAGGAAGCCGCUCAGCUGCUGAGCAAAGAAAAGGUGUCCAAGGAAGAUGUGUUGGCCAAAUUGGUUGCUGCUUCGGCCGGUCUCAGCACCGUCCCCGAGAAGGAAUAUACCGCUGCCUCGAACCUCGUGAUCCACCUCGUUUUGCAGUCCGCCGACCCUAAGAAGUACCUGCAGACUCUUUGCGCCAACCUCGCCAAGGUCCCCGUCAAUUCGUCCGUCCACGGCCCCGGCCUGUCCCUGAACGCCCUGGCGACAGUUUUCAACCUGCUCCCGCCGGAGGACGUCAUCCGCGCCCGCAUCUUCCUCGAGAUUGUCAAGUUCUCGAGGGCACACAACAUGUUUGACAGCAUGCGCUUGUACCUGGAUAAGCUAGGCGAGUGGCUCGAGUCAUGGGAGGCCAGCGAGGAGAUUGAGCGCAUGGUUUACGAGAACGUUGCCGAGGCGGCCCUGGAGGCCGGCGAGGAGUCCAUCAGCUACGAUUUUGUCCUCAAGGCCCUUCGGACCUUUGACGCCGACGAGAAGGACGAGAUCACGUCAGAGGAUGCGCAGAGAUUGUCCCUGCGCGCCAUCAAGAUGGCCAUCCUAUCCAACACCCACUUCCUCUUCCAAGACCUCCGUGCCAUCCCCAGCAUCCAGGCCCUCAGCGACUCUCACCCCAUAUACUCGCAGCUUCUCGACAUCUUUGCCGAGCAGGACCUCGAGGACUACAACGACUUCACCGAGGAGCACGAAGGCUGGGUCGAGCAGCAGAAGCUCGACCACGAGAAGCUCCACCGCAAGAUGCGCCUCCUCACCUUUGCCAGCCUCGCCGCUGCCACGCCCAGCCGCGAAAUCGAGUACGCCAAGAUCGCCAAGGCCCUCCAGAUCCCCCAGGAGCACAUCGAGAUGUGGGCCAUCGACGUGAUCCGCGCAGGCCUCGUCGAAGGCAAGCUCUCCCAGCAGCGCAACAAGUUCCUCGUGCACAAGGUCACCUACCGCGUCUUCGGCGAGAAGCAGUACCAGGAGCUGUCCACCCGCGUGGACCACUGGCGCGCCACUCUCCAAAACGUCCUCGGCGUCCUGCGCCAGGAGCAGACCAAUGCCAAGGCCCAGAAGGAGCGCGAGAUUCAGGAACUGGAGCGUAAGCUCAACAAUGCCGGAGUGAGCGGCGGCAACCGGCGGCAACAGAACCCACAGUCACAGCAACGUGAGAGGACCGACAAUGACGACUAA